AUGUUUUCCAAUAGAGCUGAGAAGAAUACGAAUAAUGUAACAAAUCGGGUCCUGCAGAACUUUGACGAAUUUCGCAACGUGCUGAGAAAAGGGAUUGAGCUUGACGAGUCGAUUCCGAAGCAUGGCAGAAGUGUGCGGGAUAAUUUGAGAGUUGCGGAGAUCUAUAAAGAAGCGAGAAAUAUAUUCAAAAAAGCUAACGCGUUCAAUAUAAUGGAUAUACCAGAAAAUGAUAGGCAGUUUAUAAGGGAAAAACGAACGCAGUUGCAAUCGAUGGAAAAAACCGCCGAGGAGCGAAUGCUAGCGAUUUGCCGUGAAUUGGAGUCGCAAAAGCCGGAAACUUCUCGUGCUCGUCCGACAACAUCAAACACAGCACCAAUUUCUAGGAGAAUUCCAGCCACUUCAAUCAAUAGAACCGCUAUUUUGAAAGGUGUUGAUCCGAAGUUUGGUGAGAGACUGCUUGAUGAGAUCCUUGAUCAGACGGGAGUCCGAAUGGACGAUGUCGCUGGAUGUCGAACGGCGAAAAUCGCACUCGAAGAAGCUGUCAUUCUGCCAGCGUUGAAUCCGCAGUUGUUCAGCGGCCUUCGGCAGCCGGUCAAAGGGAUUUUGCUGUUCGGACCGCCGGGAAAUGGGAAAACACUACUGGCAAAAGCUGUUGCUGGCGACUCGAAGCAGACAUUCUUCAAUAUCAGCGCGUCUUCGUUGACUUCGAAAUGGGUUGGUGAUACUGAAAAGACGAUUCGAGCGCUUUUUCAAAUUGCCCGAAACGCGCAACCAUCAAUUAUUUUUAUUGAUGAAAUCGACUCAAUUCUUUGCGAGCGAAGCGAAAAAGAUGCCGACGUCUCGCGACGAAUGAAAACCGAAUUUCUGGUGCAAUUCGACGGCGCCACCUCGUCCCCAGAUGAUCGGAUUCUGGUGAUCGGGGCGACGAAUCGACCGUAUGAACUUGACGACGCAGUUUUAAGACGUUUCCCAAAGCGAAUUCUUCUCGGCCUUCCCGAUGAAGAAGCUCGAUAUGAAUUAGUGAGGAAAACGCUCCAGAAGCACAAUAUGCUUUCAGAAUUAUCAGAUAGAGAUAUUAGAUAUGUGGCAUCUCGAACAACGGGCUACUCGAACUCGGAUCUCGUCGCGUUGUGCAAAGAAGCGGCGAUGGUGCCGAUUCGCGGAAUGGACAAAUCGAAAUUGGCGUCGGCUAGCAAACACUCGCUGAGACCGCUGCAGAGAAACGAUUUCGCCGAAGCGAUGCGGGUGAUUCGGCCGUCGACGUCCGAAAAAAUUAUGUCGAAAUUAUGCGAAUUUGCCAAAAAUUUUGGCUGCUGA